AUGGCCUCGACCGCCACCGCUGCAGCGGCAGCCAUGGCCACAAUGCCAUCGAUUGACGAAGCAUGGCAAGUUGCGCAAAAGCUACGCGCUGCCAUCCAGAAGGAGCUCGAGCAAGUUCAAAAGGUGACACUGGGCACUACCGAGCUCGCCCGGUUCGAGAAGGUCGAGAAACUGAUGGAGAACUACCGCCUCGCUUGUAUCGAGACAAUUUGGCCCAACAUCCGUGCUGCGAAUGACAAGGCCGCCGAGGAUGUCCUGUGGCAGACCCAUACCCUGGUUACCAAGGCUUACCGGAAGGUGCUCUCGAGACUGCAAGGCAACGACCACGUCGUGUUCCGGCGAAAGCUCGAGAAGGUCUAUGCCAACUAUCUCAAGACGGCACAGUACUUCUACAGGGGCUAUCUCCAAAGGGUCUGCGCACGUUACAACAUGAACGACCUCCAGCGCAUCGCUCGCCGGGCUGAGCUCGAGGAGAUGCCCGUGCCAGACAAGGACAAGGUCAAUGCUGCAGCUGCGGGUCUUGAAGACGUUGUCAGGGGAUCGUGCCAUAAGACGCUCAUCUAUCUCGGCGACUUGGCACGAUACCGCACACUCCUACGCUCCAAGGACCGCCAAUGGGACGGUGCUCUGGCCUACUAUCUCUUGGCCAACGAACUCAUUCCCGACUCCGGAUACGGCCAUCACCAGUGCGGCGUCAUCUAUGUUGAGACGGAGGACCAUCUCCAAGUGGUCUACCACCUCUACCGCGCCCUAGCUUGCGCCGUGCCGCACCCAAAUGCUCCGACUAACCUUGAGCGCGAGUUUCGUGAACUCCAGAAACGGAAAAGCUUCACCACUAAACAUGCGCUGGUAACGUGGUUUGUCAAGCUCCAUGCAUUCUACUCCCAGGGAACCGAAUUCACCGAGCGUAAGGAGCUGGAGCGCGAGGUUGACCACCGGUUCACCAUCGCCUUGAAAACUGGGACUGGAUAUGGCUCAGACACCGAUUUGCUCAAGUUGGUCCUCAUCAAUAUUACGGCAUACGUCGCCGCUCAUAAGAAGAUUCAAGAAAAAUGGACCGAGGAGGGUUCCCAAUCCUGCCAGUUCAUUCUCCUGCUGAAUGUUCGCACUAUUCACGGCAUCGCAAGUCUGCUCGGAGAGGAAAUCAAAGGCAUCAUCAAUCGCAGCAGUGCUGAGGCCGCCGCUGACGCCUCCGGAUCUUCCUCCGCCUCAAAGACUUCGACCAAGUUCACAGUCGCCUUCAACCGCGUCCUUCCGCUUCUGCGCGUCUACAUGGCAUGGCUCUGCUUCUACAGCUCAGAGUUGGUUCGUUUCCGGCCUUAUCUCGAACCGCAGUUUGGGGCCAUGUGCAAGUCAUUGAGCAUCACGCUCACUCUGUUGUUUGAACUGUUGGCGAGCGACCAGCAGCUCGGAAACACCGUCUCGUGGCGAUUUCCCGAGGAUGAACUCACUCUGGGUAUCCAGUGCCUGAAUGGACCAGAGCUUCACGACGGCUGCCAGCUCUAUUACGAUGCUUUCACCCGCCAGCCCAAGCCACGCCGUGAAGACGUCUCUGGUUCUGCCGAGCGCACCGAGGAUGACGUUACCUUCACCCGUGCCUUGGAUGUUUUACUGUGCGCCCUUGACCUGUCGGCCACAGAGUCAGAUUUUCCUCUUAUCAAUUCCGCGACCAGGAAGGAGUCCCGGGAUCUCACGACGUUCGAGUAUCUUGAAGGUGGCAAGCCCGAGCCUACUGCAAAUCCGCCACAAAUUCAGCAUUCCAUUCCGACACCUCUUCCCACCGAGAUCGAGCAGACUCCCCAACGCCCCGUGGUGGUCCCAAAUCCCAGCGGGUCUAACGAGCUCUCCGAGGAUAAGGAGUUCCACGGGCCUGGUCUGCGGCAUACUGCUGGCAACGGAAUUCGCAAUGAUGGAGUUCCAGUAGCUGCUCAACCGGCACCAAUCGCGUCGGUUUCCGAAUUCCUUAUCGAUCGGCAGAUGUUCAAUAUUCUGAAUGACUUCAUCAACCCGCCGGAAUCCGCUCCCGUGGCCAAACAGGACAACACCACGCGCCCUCCUGCGCGGAUGAGCCGGUACGGCAUGGGCUCUCCAGCAGUGGCUGAAGUCUUCGGAGCCGGAGCUUCAAGCAGCCCUGUGCCCGGCUCGGCUGGAGGCAAGGCGUUCCCGACCCUGCCCUGGGAAUACUUCUACAAGCCGGCACCCGUUGACUCGGCCCUGCGCAAACCGAGCAUCAAUGGCGCGGGCACUGUGUGGGAAGCUGGAGGCACAGUCUUUCCACGCCCGACAAGCUCCGGAAAUGCAGCUCAACUUAUGAGCGCAGCCAUCAAUCGCAAUCCGUUAGAACCCGAAACUCACCAGAGGCAUGAUAGCCUAGGCCGGGCAAGACUCGUCGAUAGCCAGGCGGAGGCACUCCAGUCCUUGGACUUGGGGUUGGACCAAGCCAACCAGCAACACCAGGGCUCCGCGGCACGAGGAGCGUGGUCCAGUGCGCUCGCCGAAAGCUCGACCCCUGCACGCGGGCAACAGAAUCUUUGGGCUCCGCCGGCAUGCCCGUGGCAAACAACCUACGGCCAGAAUGGGGCGGCCGCUGGCCGGGUGCCCAACUCGCCGUUCUCAACGCUCAACUUCUCGGCCAACACCUCGAGCCUUCCGCAAGUCAACAACCCAUGGGGUUUGCCCACGACGGCGCAGCGACUCUGCGCCGCGCAGUCUCCGGCUGACGCCAACCAGCUCGGCGGCGGCUACCCCAGCGGCUCAGUUCCGUCCCGGCCAGGAAGCAGAUAUGCGAGCGACUAUGCCACCGCCAUGGCUAAUGGGAAAAACUCGCGGGAUAAUGCGAGCGCCUGGUCUGACGCCCACCACACCGGGACCGGCUCGAGCCAACCGGAUAUUUGGGGCCCGCCCAUUUCGCAGCCCGGUGGGGUGGACGACAAGACUUUCGGAAAGGCCAUGGUGCAGCAGAGUAUGCCGAAGCGCUGA